CACAAGCUAUGCCACCGACUAAUCUAACCUAACCCAACGAAACUUCUCGAACUCACUCAAUUAUACCGAAAGAGUUUUCGUCCAAUCUUCUUCCUCUCUUUUUUUGUUUUUAUAUAUUUUACCCAAAUUAUCCUUCUCACAAUCGACUCUGUUUUGCAUUCAUCCAAUUCCAAAUUCUUCUGCAAUAUCACACACUCGCCCAUGGCUGAAGACGGCGCCGUUACGGUCUACAAUACCAACGCCAUUACCGAUGCCAAGAAGAACAACCCAUUUUCCAUUAAGGUUGGAUUAGCUCAAAUGCUUCGCGGCGGAGCCAUUCUCGAAGUCGCCAACAUCGACCAAGCUAAGCUCGCCGAAGACGCCGGUGCCUGCUCUAUUAUUGUAUCGGAACCGGUCGUCCACCGAGGCAUUUCCCGAAUGGCCGAACCCUCUCUUCUCAAGGAGAUUAAGCGAGCUGUUUCGAUCCCUGUUAUGGCGAGAUCCAGAGUUGGGCAUUUCGUCGAAGCCCAGAUACUAGAAGCCAUCGGCGUCGAUUACAUCGACGAGAGCGAAGCUCUGGCUUUGGCGGACGAGGAGAAUUUCAUCAACAAGCACAAUUUUCGAACCCCGUUCCUCUGUGGGUGUCGAAAUCUAGGGGAGGCUUUGAGGAGGGUUAGGGAAGGCGCCGCCAUGGUAAGGACUCAAGGGGACUUAACGGGUUCUGGUAACAUUUCCGAGACAGUACGGAGCCUGAGGUCGAUAAUGGGGGAGAUAAGGGUUCUGAACAACAUGGACGAAGACGAAGUCUUUGCGUUCUCGAAGAAGAUAGCGGCACCCUACGAUCUGGUUGCGCAAACCAAGCAAAUGGGUCGUCUUCCCGUCGUUCAAUUUGCCGCUGGAGGGAUUGUGACACCGGCUGACGCUGCGCUGAUGAUGCAAUUGGGCUGCGACGGAGUUUUCGUGGGUUCGGAGAUUUUCAACUCUUCUGAUCCAUACAAGCGUGUUAGGGGCAUAAUUCAGGCUGUUGGGCACUACAAUGAUCCCCAUGUGCUUGUGGAAACGAGCACUGGUCUGGCUGAUGCCAUGGCUGGUCUCAACCUCAAUGAAGACAGGAUCGAACAGUUUUAGCCAUGGCGGUCUCUGAAGCUAUAUACUUACAAAGUGAAGGGUUCCUUUGCUUGUUUUUGGGCAGUAGAGCUAGUUUUACUGUAUUCGAUACUUUUAUAUCAGUUUUACUUCAAAUCUGAUCAUAAACUUGCUUUUUAUAUUGUGUUGAAGAUGAGUGAGAAUAAUAUUCUGGUUUUGUUCAUA